AUGCUCGUCAAGCUCACUGACACGCCCGAAAACAUCGAGGCUACCACCAAAACGACCGAUGACACCAUUGACACACCGAAAUCUUCUACCAACGAGCUCGAAUCCGCCGCCAGGGACCUAGAAUCUGCCGCAAAGGACCUAGAAUCCGCCAACAAAAUGCAGCUCGAAUCUCUCAACAGACUAGAGCUCAACAUCAGCAAAGUCGAUUGGAGAGCGCGCCGUAUUAAAGCCGAGAUGCAGAAGAAGCAGAGACAAGAAGAGUCAGGGCGUGUCGUCAAAAGGGUUCAGGAGAGAGACAGGGUGCCACCAAUGGGCACACUUACACAUUUGUCAGAAGAGAAGCAAAAGAGAAUAUUGGAGGAAGCCAAGGAAAGGGUUGCAUCUGGGGACCGCACAAACCAUGGCCUGCCCAUAGAUACCGCCAGGUUGAGCGCUGCCAGAGUUGUACUCGAGAGCCAACGGGCAAGUUCUAGUCUUGGAGAAAAAGAAAGAUCAUCUCAUCAUAAGCUAUAA